AUGUCUCUACUAACCCUUAUCCUCUCUUCUAACCCCUCUCCCAACCUCUCCUCUAACCCCUCUCCCAACCUCUCUUCUAACCCCUCUCCCAACCUCUCUUCUAACCCCUCUCCCAACCUCUCUUCUAACCCCUCUCCCAACCUCUCUUCUAACCCCUCUCCCAACCUCUCUUCUAACCCCUCUCCCAACCUCUCUUCUAACCCCUCUCCCAACCUCUCUUCUAACCCCUCUCCCAACCUCUCUUCUAACCCCUCUCCCAACCUCUCUUCUAACCCCUCUCCCAACCUCUCUUCUAACCCCUCUCCCAACCUCUCUUCUAACCCCUCUCCCAACCUCUCUUCUAACCCCUCUCCCAACCUCUCUUCUAACCCCUCUCCCAACCUCUCUUCUAACCCCUCUCCCAACCUCUCUUCUAACCCCUCUCCCAACCUCUCUUCUAACCCCUCUCCCAACCUCUCUUCUAACCCCUCUCCCAACCUCUCUUCUAACCCCUCUCCCAACCUCUCUUCUAACCCCUCUCCCAACCUCUCUUCUAACCCCUCUCCCAACCUCUCUUCUAACCCCUCUCCCAACCUCUCUUCUAACCCCUCUCCCAACCUCUCUUCUAACCCCUCUCCCAACCUCUCUUCUAACCCCUCUCCCAACCUCUCUUCUAACCCCUCUCCCAACCUCUCCUCUAACCCCUCUCCCAACCUCUCUUCUAACCCCUCUCCCAACCUCUCUUCUAACCCCUCUCCCAACCUCUCUUCUAACCCCUCUCCCAACCUCUCUUCUAACCCCUCUCCCAACCUCUCUUCUAACCCCUCUCCCAACCUCUCUUCCAACCCCUCUCCCAACCUCUCUUCUAACCCCUCUCCCAACCUCUCUUCCAACCCCUCUCCCAACCUCUCUUCUAACCCCUCUCCCAACCUCUCUUCUAACCCCUCUCCCAACCUCUCUUCUAACCCCUCUCCCAACCUCUCUUCUAACCCCUCUCCCAACCUCUCUUCUAACCCCUCUCCCAACCUCUCUUCUAACCCCUCUCCCAACCUCUCUUCUAACCCCUCUCCCAACCUCUCUUCUAACCCCUCUCCCAACCUCUCUUCUAACCCCUCUCCCCUCCAAGUCUUCCUCACUGGCACCAAGCUGCCUCUUGAGUCAUAA